UAAGCAAUAUCUGCUUCCUCUUCUCUCUCUUGCCGUAGUUUCCUGCUGUCGUCUCUCCUCACGGAAGGACAACUGGACGGUGUCGGAUUCGCCUGUCGGACGAAACUGCCCCCGGAAAAGGACAAAGUUUGGACGAACUUGUCCAUGGAUCCGAUGGUGUUUCUGUGAUUCCGCGCUAUGUGAGCGGCUCUCUUUUUAGCCCACUGCUCUUCCGUCGUCGCUAGGCGCUCUGAGACGAGAUCGCCCCUCUUCUGAGCUCUUCCUCGACUGUGACCGAGGGGUAAACGAGAGGGUUUUCUCUUCUCAGUCACUUGUGCUCGGAGUAGGGAGGAGCGGGAAGCGGUUUGAUGCUUCAGAGUGUUGUGAUUGAUCGGCUCUUCCCCCCCUCAUUUGGUCGAUCUCUCUCGAUCCGGGACUGGAAAUCAUGGGUGGGAUGGGAAUGGACUGCAUGCAUUUUGGGAACUGUUCGGAUCAAGGAAUUGUAGGGUCAUUUGGAGAAGAAACUGGGGGCUUGAACCGAUCGGAAGUUUAGAUGCUCUGGAUCGGACAAGAAAACCUGGGGAAAAGGUUACGUCAAUGUUGAUCGGUGGAGAAGAAUUUGAACCUUAUUUCUGUAGCAGAGGCCGGAUUGAAGAAUCGAGUCCAUGCGAUGGUUUUUUCUUGCAUCAUCUGAAUAAAUGCAUGGGUUUUUAGAAGAUGAGCAGGUUAUUCGAUCAGUGAGCACUUGUUUGCUGGAGAGGUAUCGAGGCACGACUGUGUAAUUCGUUGUGGAUUGUUGGCAAAAUGUUGGUACCAAAGCAAUAUCGAUGCACCCAUUCGGCUGCUUGCGUAUGCAUCAAAGGUCACCUGAGCGAGGAUGCCAUCUUUCUUGUUUUUGAGCAUCUGAACUGGAAUCCUAGAUUGAUUGCGCUAAUGUCGUGUGUUUGCAAAUGGUUUGAUGAGAUUGCCAAACGGAUAUUGUGGAAAGAGUUCUGUCGAACAAGGGCCCCGAAAAUGAUGCUGGAUUUGCAGUCAUGUGGAAGUCAUAGUGUCGAUGGAAACUGGAAAGCACUCGGAAAGCUUCUCAUCUAUUGUUCAGGUUGCAGCCAGAGGGGCCUCUUUAAUAUCACUUGUGUCCCAGGUCACUUUGUGCACAGGACUAGGUUUUCGAGGACUUCAGGAAAGAGCUUUCUUAUUCCGCAGUGCAGGACAGAUGUCUUGUAUGUGUGUGACCCUUGUGAACAUCUAGAUCAAGGUGAUGAUGGCGAUGUAGGAUUCUUCCGCGGUGUGUUCAAGUCAUUUUCUGCUUCGAAGGUUAGAAAGAUGCUGAUCGAAAGGCAGGCCAAACUCCACUCCACAGAGGCGUGUCCAUAUUGCAAGGCAAAAUUGUGGAACAUGAUGCAGGCAAAGAUGAUACCAAGGAGCGCUUGCAUCAGGUUGGGUGCAUAUGAUGAUAGUGUUGAGUGUUAUGUAUGUCUGAAUGGGCACAUGCUUGGAACAAGCUCUCUCCUGCCACUCUCUGAUUCUGACGAGGCAUCUGAUUUUGAACAGUGCUCAAAAUUCGACUAAGGAUUUCCAAGUUCGAAGGCCAAAACUCUGUUUGUGAAUCUUGGAGUGUUUUUGAUCUGCUUGGUUAAGGGAUAAAGAAAGGUAAGUGGAUGGAUAGUUAUCAGAUCUCCAUUUUAUCGUGUCGCAGGGAAUGAAAUAGCACAGGAGUUUGUUUAACUCCAUAACAUGGCAAGAUGUUCUUUGCUCUCUCUUUCUGUUUUGUCUAUUUAACUUACUAAACUUAGGUCAUAGUUUGGUUAUCUAUGUCACCGAGUAAUAUGAUGCUUCAUAUACAAUAUGUACAAAUAUCUGCUGCAAACAAUAGCAGUUUUACGUUUGACAGCAAGACUUCUUCA